UCAAAAACGUGUCGUUUUACUUUUAUUUUGAAGGAUGAGAGCGGAAGUUGUUCGCGUGCACCGUCUCUGACUUGACGCUGGUGAAUAAUGCGUGUCGGCUACAUUGCGUUGCACAGAUGCUAUGCUUGCUGUGUGGAGCCAGCUAUCUCCAUACGCCCCGCAGCAGCAGCGUCCUGAGAACAGCCCAGAAAAGGCACCGUUCGGCGGGAACCCGCAGACGAGGCGCCCGCCCGCCUGGCUGAGCUUGCCCGCCCGGGCGCAUGGCCGCUCCAUCACAAUGGCAGAGGAUUUGGGGGUACCUCUGUUGUCCACCAACAACAGGUCGCGUGGAUAAUCCCCCUCCGGGACCCGCCCGCGUCAUCUCGUGUCUGUGAUGAUUUAGGAGCGUCGCCGUCGGCUUGAUGUGACGGGAGAGCCGCGCGGGACCGGGGCGGCUUCUCGUCCCCUGGCUGUCGACCGAGAGCAAUCACGGCGUGGAGCAGGUGUAGUGUGGCUGAGGGGCUCAGCAGGAUGGAAAUAGAUGCCCGGUUCCGCUACUAUUUCCAGCACCCGUGGUCGCGUCUCAUCGUGGCCUACCUCGUCACCUUCUUCAACUUCCUUCUCUUCGCCGAGGACCCCAUCUCCCACAGCCAGACGGAGGCCCACAUGAUCGUGUUGGGCAACUGCUUCUCCUUCCUGUUCAACAAGUACCCGGGCGGAGGAUGGAACGUCCUGAAAGUAAUCUGCUGGAUACUGGCCAUAAUCGUUGGCAUGAUAGCCGGGAAGUUUAUAUUCCACCGCCAGCUCUUUGGUCGAUACCUGCGCCUGAAAAUGUUCCGCGAGGAUCAUGGCUCCUGGAUGACCAUGUUCUUCAGCGCCAUCCUCUUCCUCUUCAUCUUCUCACACAUCUACAACCUUUUCCUGCUGAUGGCUGGGAGCAUGGAGCCUCACAUGGUGACGGACUACAUGGGCAUCAGGAACGAGAGCUUUAUGAAGAUCGCCGCGGUGGGGACGUGGAUGGGAGACUUUGUCACUGCCUGGAUGGUGACAGAUAUGAUGCUCCAGGAUCAGCACUACCCAGACUGGGGCAAAGCAGCCAGAAGGUUCUGGAAGCAAGGCAACAACAGGAUUGUUCUUUUCUGGACGGUGCUCAUCGCCCUGACGUCGGUGGUGGUUCUGGUCAUCAGUACUGACUGGAUCAGCUGGGACCACCUGAACCGCGGCUUCCUGCCCAGCGACGAGGUCUCCAGGGCCUUCCUGGCCUCCUUCAUCCUGGUCUUCGACCUCCUCAUUGUCAUGCAGGACUGGGAGUUCCCUCACUUCAUGGGUGACCUGGAUGUGAAUCUCCCAGGAAUGUCAACCGCGCAUAUCAAGGUCAAGCUUCCCGUCUGCACGAGCAUCUUUAAAGAGGAGUACCACGUCCACAUCACAGGCAAGUGGUUCAACUACGGCAUCAUCUUCCUCGUGCUGAUUUUGGACCUGAACAUGUGGAAGAACCAGAUCUUCUACCGGCCCUACGAGUACGGCCAGUACGUCGGGCCCGGCGAGAAGAUCUUCACGGUGGAGGAGCCGGAGACCCUCCGCUUCUUCAACCGCAGCACCCUCACCUACGAGUGGCGCUGCGACAACGUCAACCCCGACAGCAGCCUCCCCUACGUGGAGCGCGACAUGUUCCUCCACAGCCGCUACGUCGGCGGCCGCCUCGACGUCAAGUGCCUGGCCUUCAUCCCGAGCCUGGCGGCGUUCCUCCUCUUCGGGUUCUUCGUGUGGCUGUUCGGCCGCUUUCAGGACAGCGAGACGUUCCCGGAGAACCCCGACAAGACGUACGAGCGGAUCAAGAGGAAGUCGCCGUCGGAGCAUAGCAAGGAGAUGGGCGUGACGCCGGAGGAGGUGCACGUCGCCAUGAGCGACGGGCUGAGGCGGGAGGGCACGCCCAUGCUGCUCUCGGUGGACGGGGGGCUGCGCUUUGGGGCGACGCCCUCGACGCGCUCGACCGUUUCCACGGAAACCCAAGAGACGCGUCCGAGCGUCGCGAUCGACGGCGCCGAGCAGGAGGAGCCGGCCGUCUCUUUCGACGUCCGUGAGCUCUCCCCGUGACCUUGUGAACUCCCGAAACUUUUAAGUGGCGUAACUGUGGACAGGCCGACGGCGAGAGCUCGAGGAUCUCCGAGGACAACGAGAUGUCGCGUGAUCGCGGUUGCAUUUGUUCGAGUAUAUUUUUGUAAAAACGCUCUUUUAAAAAAAAAAAACGCCCUCUGAAAACGGCACUAAUUCUUAUAACGAAACAUCUUUUAAAGCCGAAUGCGGACUUUGAAUCGACAUGGUGCUCGCUCGGAUUUUUUGCAUUUUCAUAAUUCAAUUUUUGUCACGAGAAACGAUUGCGGUGCCUAAAUCAGAGGAGUAUUUCUAAACUCUCAACACUGCAGUCAAGUGGAUUGUAUUGCAUCACUGCUACACUAGUGCCUUGAUUAUGUCAUAUCUUCAGAUAUAGAUCGAAACAUUCAGUAUAUAUUACUAUAAGCAACACAAUGGAAGAUGUCCCAGUUACAGUCGACUAUAUUCAUGUGUUGUGUCUGCUUUCGUGUCACACAGACAAUUGUUACCUCUCUUGAUCCGAAGACUUUAUCAUUUUAAUUUAUUCUCGUGUGACGUUCCUCUGACUCUCACUUCUAAGUGAAAUGACACGAUAAUGAGCAUCACGGUACUUUGAUGACUUAUUCAUAGGCCAUCGCUUGAUAUUAGUUGCGGAGAUAAUAAAUGCAAUCAGCUCGGAUCAAAUGGCUAACCAAUAAGCCACUUAUGUGGCUGCUGCACCUGGACUGAAUACCAACAGUCAGAAAGGUGGUUUCGCCCUUGGUAUAAAAUAAAUAUGCCAUUAAAGUGCAGGGGAGGCUCCUGCUCCAAAGCUCAGGGCUUCUUCAUGUCUCGAUAAACCUUCACGGUUUUAGAAACAGGUCUGCAGUCGCGCUGGAUGCAUGAAAAAGUAUUUAUUUUGAAACAUUAUCCAAGUGUAAGAAAAAAGGGAAAAACCCUGAUGUUUAAACGCAACUGAAAUCUGCAGCAUUUAUUGGCUGGCUUUGAAAGUGUUCACUGCCAAAGACUCUUUAAAAUACGUACUUGUAUAUUUGAAGCUUGAGGUCCAAAACAGUAUAUGCUCUUUGUUCUGGUUUUCUGCGAAGUGCAAAUACUAACUCCAUUAUUACAAUACUAACUGCUCUGCUUUGUACACGUUUGGCACAUUGCAGUAGAAAUUGGACCAAUUAUACCAAAUAAUACAGUAUUUUGACUAGAUAUUUUGCUGCAUUAUAUGUUAUGCAAAUUUAACAGAGAUAUAUUCACAGAGUGGAGUGUUCUUGCAUCACUCUGCACUAUAAUGGACUGUAAGGUAUUAUAACUUCCUGGAAAAUGACUUCCCAAAAAACAACCGCAUACUUUGCUGCAUAACAACCUAAUUGUGAGUUUGUUCAACAAUAUGACAAGUGUAUGUAGCCUGGGGGCGUGCCACCAGAAUAUUUACAGACUUCUGCAGUGUUUAAUUACAACCGAUGAACAGAUUUGAAAUAAUUUCAUUCAAUUUGUUGGCAUUUAUAUCCGAAAGUAAAAUCAUAUUGAUUAAAAGAUCAACGUUUGCCAUUUAAUUAGUUUCUAUUCUGUCUUUAAAUUAUGUGAAAUAGUUUAUUGAUACAUCAUUUAAAUGUUCCUGUAAUUCAUUAAUGAAUAAUAUAUACAUUACAAAUGUUUUUCAUGUGUUAAUUUAUUUUUUAAAUAUAAAUCUACACCCCGGACUCUUUAUAGGGAUUCCCUGUGCGUUUGCGUGUGUGUGUGUGUGUGUGUGUGUGUGUGUGUGUGUGUGCACACAUUGUGGAAGCAGAGGUGUCUAUAUGUGUCUGCAAAGGAUGUUUUAUACGUAAUAGUGCAUGUUGAGUGCGUGAGUGUGUGCAUGUGUGCACUGGCGGCUGGCGAAGUGCGUAGAUGUACUACUACACUUGUUUUUGACAAAGGCCAUUCUGUGAAGAGGUCCAUUUAUUUCGCAUAAUUAGGUUCUGUAAUUAUCCUUUUAUACAUCACAGCUCCAGGAGGACUUUCGAUUUCAGUGUCUCACCAAAGGGCAGAACCUCUCUGGAUUUAAGGAGGGUCUAAUCUGUGUGUAAUGCAAUGUGUUUGGCUUAACAGUGAGGGUUUCCUGUGUUGUUGUUCAUGCUGUUUUCAUUGAAUUACGUUGCAAAAACUGACCCCUCAGUUCCCGUGUGUUUGUGCUUUCUUUCCUUCAGGCGCAGGAAGUCUCCUUUCGAUGUUUGCUCAGUGUGCUGUGUGUGUCUGUUGAACCUUGUGUUUCCAAUAAAUCAAUACAUUUGUUAUAAUCUUUA